AUGAGACCAUCUGCCAAAAUCCUUGUGAUUGCUGCCCUCGCAGGAUACGCCGUUGGUGCUGCCAUUGAUGCGCCUAAGCGAGAUGUUUCCACCAAAGAUCCCAGAUGGGUGAAUUACAUCACCUACGAUGAUGUCGAUGAAGCCCCCGAGACAAAGGAGACAAAAGGUGCCAAGGAGCGCAAGUGGGUGAACUACAUCACCUACGAUGAUGUCGACGAGGCUCCUGCCAAGGACAAGAAGGAGCGUCGAUGGGUCAACUACAUCACAUAUGAUGAUGUCGAUGAUGUCCCUGCUAAAGUCUCUAAGGAUGCCGAGGGCACUAAGAGCCGUCGCUGGGUCAACUACAUCACAUACGACGAUGUCGACGACAAGGGGACUGUGGCUCCCGCUGAAUCUUAG